UCCGCUAGGCGGCGAUUAGACGGCGCCCAGGCGCGAUUAGUUGCUAGGCGACGGCCAUCGCCUGGCCUAGGGUGGAAGGCGGCAGUCUGGGCGCGAGGCGGAGCUAGGCGGCGCGAGGCGGCGAUUAGGCAGAGCGGAGGCGGCGAGGAGGCGCGCGAGGCGGCGCCGAGGCGGAAGCGGUGCCGAUUCCCGCGAUUUCCCGCGCGGAAGCAGAUGGGGCGGCGCGAGCGCGCUCGAUUUCCCGCGCUGAAGCAGAUGGGGCGACCCAAAUCGAGCCGAAAGGAUAAGGGGGAGAGAAGAACCGAGAACGACGGCCGCGACUCGCCGCCUGGAAGCUCCUCGUCCCCGACGGCGCUAGCUGCAGGUCCCCUCUGCCUUCCCCCCUGCCUUCUCCCCUACCUGCUCCUCCCGUGCCGGCUCUGCUCCUCCGCGCCUGAACCCGCCGGCUCUGCUCCUCCCCGCCUGAAGGUCCACCCGCCGGCGCUGCUCUUCCUCGCCUGGGAAGUUCCACCCGCCGGCGCUGCUCCUCCAAGCCUGGGAAGCUCCGCCGGCCGCACUGCUCCAGCCUCCAAGUCUGCAAGGUCCUCACCGCCGACGGCCUCAUCCUGCUCCAAGGUGAGUCCCCUCCCCUGCUCCUAGGCUGACAGCAGUUACCACAUAAAGGGAACCGAAAAUGGCACAACAAAUCCAAACAUCCUACACAACAUGCCAUCUUGUUAUAUUGAACAAUUGAAAAACACGAAGUCAUAUAUAUCAGGUUAAUUAGAUAACGUACCUUUGUGACUGCAAAACUUUGAUGUAGUAGUAUUUAGUAUAUCAGGUUAAUUGAAAACUGCUGUCUAUUGACUAUUUAGUAUUUACAAGAUGUCAAAAUGUGAUGCAGGAGGAAGAAACAUGCAAAAUUAAGCCACCAAGUUAUCAGGUAUGUCUACUGACCCUAUCUUUUAUUUACUGUAGCCUAUAUAUAUUCAGCAUUUUUUGCUAUAUAUACAUAAUAUAUUAUAUAUAUAAGUUGUAUGGCAAAA